GAUCGUUUGCUCAGGCCAGGGAGCGGAACGGCCCAGGUGAAGAAGAUAUUUCUCUGCCCGCGCGAGGAGCCAUGGCCGCCGUGCCGGUCCCGCCGCCGCCUCUCCUCGCCUCCCACGCCGCCGUCCGGGCCGCAGCCUCCAUCUCCGCCUACGCUGACGCCCGACGGGCCAGCCUCGCCGGCGACCACCCACCGCAGGUCGCGGCCCUCCGGCGCGGCGACUGGGUCAAGCUCAUCUGCGGCGCCAGCUUCGAGUGGAUUGCAUUGACUGUGCGGCAGAUGUAUCUGUGGUGGGUGCAGUGAAUGAGGGUAUUGAUGUUGCAGCCUCAAUUGUGCCAUAUUUCCAGAGGCCAUGGGUGAUGAAUUUGAUCCUGAGGUUUGCCCACCAAAUUGCUCAAAGCCAUGUGAGAAAGUUUGUCUUGCUGAUGCAAUAUCACUGGAGAUGCAGUCUGAUUCCUCGUGUAAACUUGAGGAGCUGUCGUAUGUUCGAGAUCCUACUACAACUGCUGAACUGUUGAAAAGGAAUGAUGUUGAUGCAAUAGAGAUACAUACCACUGGAAAGGGCACUGAUAUGUUCAUUACCCUCUGGAAUAACUUGAAUGAGUCGAUCAAUAAUGUGAAGCUGGUAGCAGUUAGCCUGCCUGAUAUUGGUGAAUCAACAGUUGAUUUCAUGUUUGCGAUAUACACAAUAAUGGAAUCCCAUCUUCAAGGGUAUAAUCUUUGGCAGUUAGAUGGCCGACCCAUGAGUGGCGACAUUGGUCGAGGUGCAACAAGGGAGACCGUUUCUUUUGCUGUUCAUCUGGCUUCAGCGUCAGAUAGGCCUCCUGUCUUCUAUCAGUUGGCUGGUUGCACCAAUUCAUACACUAUAGAUUGCUUAAAGAAAGCUGGCCUUUUCCAGUCUACGACUUUUCCCGGGAUAGCAGCCUCUGAAAUGAUCAGUUCUCAGCAAGAUUUCAUUGGAGGGAUAGCUUAUGGCGGCUACGCUCGCAAGAUCGUUGGAAGAACUCUACGCAAAAUACCGGCAGGGUUUGGUCGUGUGUGCAUCGAAGAUCAUCCGGAGUAUCUGCUGGAGGCAUUACAAGAAGCCAUGUCAUUAGUAGGGCCGGUGAAGGGUUAUCCAACCCUUUCAAGCUUAUAAAACGAGUGUACGACUAGGGAUGAAAACGGAUGGAAACGGUCGAAAUUUUUUUUUAACCGUUUUCACUUUCAUAUUUUCUCUCGAAAACGAAAAAGCUGAAAACGGG